AUGGAAGACCUUCAGGAUGCCUUGGAGGGGAGGGGGGUCCAGUGGUCCUGCGAGUCACCGUAUUACUCUAAACCUAAGAAAGUGGCGUCCUGGCGGCCUCCAGGAACAGCAGGGAGCGUGCCUCUUGGUGGCAGGAUGUCCCUGACCCCACAGAAGCUGUGGCUUGGAACUUCGAAACAAGGAAGUUUGACCCAGCCCCUGAAAUCAGACCUCACCUUGGAGCAUACGUGGAGCAACCCCCCCAGCAGCACGCCCGACUAUCUGUCAGAAGCUUUAAGAAUGAAGAGGUCAAAUCUCAGUUGUUCUGCCAGCAAUGGUCAUGUCCCUGGGACCCCUGUCUACAGAGAGAAAGAAGAUAUGUAUGAUGAGAUUAUUGAGUUGAAGAAGUCAUUACACAUGCAGAGAGGCGACGUGGAUCUGAUGAGAACAAAGCUUCGACGCCUAGAAGAAGAAAACAGCAGGAAGGAUCGGCAGAUAGAACAGCUUUUGGAUCCAAGCCGAGUGGUUAACGGGCUGAAACAGAGGAUUCUCAAGUUGGAGCAGCAGUGCAAGGAGGACAGCACUAUCAACAAACUGCAGACUGACAUGAAGACCACUGACCUGGAGGAGAUGCGGGUUGCCAUGGAGACCCACUACGAGGGGGACAUUCAUCACCUCCAGAACCUCUUGGCAAGUUCUGACCCAACCGGAAAGAAGUACACCUGCCUCUUCACCACACGGGACCGCACCAGCUGCCCCUGGCUGACCCCGAUGGGUCGCGGGAACGUGUUUCCGCCCCAGGUGCCCCCUGAGGUGCCCUCGUGGUCACUGCUGUUGACAGCUGACACGGGCUCACACGCUGUGGGACGGGUGAGCCCUCCUCCCGGCUCUGGUCGUGCCACUGGCCUCUUGGAAGUGAAGCAGCUACUGCAGACAAAGGCUAACUUGGAGAAGGAGCUACAAAAUGUAAAGGAGAGUGAGAAGGAGAGAAGAGAAAGAGAAGAGGCUUUGAGAGAGGAAAUUCAGACGCUUACCAGGAAGUUUCAAGAACUGGAAGAAAUGAAGAAAGAAGAGAACGAGGGUCCCAUGGAAAUAAGUCAUGAGCUAUUCUAGUACCCACGUACCUAAGAAAAAGAAAACUGGAUCAUAUUGCCACUGGCCACGCACUGACC